AUGCUUAGAGCUACGCGUGUAUCUUCAGUCAGUAAUAAUGAUAUAAUUUCCAUUUUACCGAUCUCUGAAGCAUCUAAAGUCCUCGUUGCUAACAAAGAAGGGCAUGUUUUAGUAUACUCGUAUGAAGGCAAUUCAUUAAAACUGACGCACACUUACAAUCAUUUGAUGAAAAAUAAUGGUCCAGAUACUGUUAUUAUAGAUCUGCUUUACUCUCAUCAAUUGGCGACAGUUUUUGCGCUGUGUGAGAAAAGCAUUGUUUUGUUAAACAGCACAAACCUGAACCAAUUCGACAGAAUAGUAGAGAAAAGAGGAGUCAAACAAGCUUGGGUCUUUGAGCAGCCUUCGGAAACUCGUGGAGCAAUGACGGCCCUUUUGCUUUACCCAAAUAAAGCGUCGAAGCUGAAGCUUUUUUUGUGGAACGACCGUUCUUUCACAAGUGUCUCUGAGCUAAGUCUCAGCAGCAAAGAUGAGGUGAUUCUGUCAAUGGAGAUGGAAUUAGGAGGGUUUUUGAUAGCGACUAAUGUGGGCAACUAUUACUGGAGACUAAAAGAUCUUAAUUUGCUAAAAUUCACCAAAAUUAUCUCCCCUCUUUGGCCUCAAAACAUUCAUGACGCUCUGAAGGAGUUAGACCAUUGCAACCAUACAUGGCAGAAGAAUGCCGAUGCUGCUUCUGUCUCUAGUGCGUCUAUACUCUCUCGAAAGGGGAGUUUUGGACGCUUUUUUCAGCCAAGAGAAACUCGCGGACAAAUUCAAAAGGUAAAACUAAUAUUUCGGCCUGUGGAUCAUCAACAUGUCAUUUUGCUUGAUGGAAGGUCUCAAAAAAUGUUUGAGGUCCUCGUUAAAGACUCAGAGUCACCGCAAUUAUCAGCGCGCGAGUGGCGGCAAUUUUUCGAAGUCAACUCAAAAUUCGAUAACAUGCAACACCUAUCAUCAAACUUUCUGCUCUUAAGCAAUAGAGAGUCGAUAAGGAUUGUGGACUACCAAUAUGGCUUCAAUUAUUUGGAUGUAAGAAUUGAAGAAGGAAUAAAAAAGGUAGUCAAGGCAAAAGACUCCACAUUACUCGUUUGGACAAGCGCGGAUAACCUACAGAUCUACAAAUUGAUUGUCACAGACCAGUCAAAUAUCUCGGAAGAGGAAGAGGAUCUCUUGGAACUAGAAGACGGAACGAUAACACGAUCAUUAAAGAACAUAGUUUUCUAUGAAUCCAUUCUCAAUCCUAAAAGCCGUUUGGCGUUGUGUGAAGGUUUUGAGUGCGAUGACUUUAACAACGCACUUAAUUUGUUUGCUCUAAAACUGCGAGACAUGAAUGUUCUAUGGAGUCUUAAUAGUUUCGAACGAUGCCAGAAAUGGUCUGGGAGAGUUCAUGAUGCUGCUAAAAUUUCUAAGAGAGCCUUUAAGUUGCAAGAAUUCAUUAUCAAGAAAAUAUUCGACAAUUUCAUAAAUUUUUUGGCUCCUCCUGAACUGGUGAUAGGUCACUGCCUCCCGAGGUUUGCCUCAAAGUUAUUGGAUACUAGCAUUGUUGGCGAAAUAGGCUUUCACAAGAGAAGUCUCGUGGAUGAGCUUCCUGCAUCAUUAAUAAACAAAUGGUGUCUUCCAUACCUCACUGACACGAGGCGGAAUCUUCACAAUAUCGCCACAAAGGGAAAGACAGAAUGGGAGAUUAAAGGAAGGACGAUUGAAAUUGACGUUCGAUUUUUUCUCCUAGACCACCACGAAGAGCAGAGCGUCGAAUCUCUUCUUAGACUUAUCGACACUACCAUUUUCAAUAUUUACCUCGAAUACAAUCCUUCAAUGCUAGGGCCGUUUACGAGGGUACCCAACAACUGUGAUUUUGAGACUGUUGCAGAACAAUUAACAAAACAUAAGAAAAUCCAGGAGUUAGUUGACUUCUACCACAUGAAAGGUCAACAUGAGCUUGCUUUGAAGCUUCUCACAGGGUUGGAAAGCGAUAUAAAAUCUGUGCACCCCGAGGACAUGGCGAACAAUAUUAAGAAGCUUGUGGUGGAUUACCUAAAGAAACUUUCUUGGUCAGAAUCUACAACUCUUUUCAAGUACACUAGUUGGCUCCUGGAAAGAUUCCCGGAGAAUAUUGCUGUCAUAGUUACAAGUAUAUUCAUGAACUUCAGUCCUGAUUGCGCGAAAUAUGACUAUAUGAAGGUAUAUGAUUAUAUUGAUGCGCUUGACCGCGAAUUGUCCAUUCGAUAUCUUGAGUUUGUCAUUGACGCUUUUGGCACGACAUACAAACCUGUCUAUAUGGUGCUGAUAGAAAGAUACCUAGAGGACAUUGACAAUCACAAAACCGCUCGUAAACUAGAAGCCAUCUUGAGUUCUACAAAUUGUUACGAACCACGAAAUGUUUUAAGACUUCUCGAAAUUGCUUUCGAUGCUGGCAGCUUGAACACAGACUCUGCACUGUUAGUCAAAAAGCUCCAAACAUAUCCGCUGAAAGUUUUAGGAGAACACAAGAAAUCCUUGAAGAUUUUAUUCGAAGAGCUCUCAAAUUACCAUUUUUCCACCGUUUACUGCAACGAGGUCUUUCAUGAGAAUCAAGAUGUGGGCUCAUCGCUUUUCAACACUUUGUUUGACAUGAUGAUUAACGAUUCAGAGAACAAUAAUCAAGGUCCUCGAAUAAUACUGCGCUUUCUCAAAGAGUUCGGGCCAAAACUCAACAGUACUGAUAUACUAAUGAAGUUGCCAUCGAAGAUACCUCUGAAAGACAUGCAGCAGAUAUUGGCAAAAGAAAUCGAGAGCUCUUCGCUCAAAAAGAACUGCGUCCGUUUGGAAAAGAACCUUUUACAGGUUCAGCUAGUUGAUCAGACUUCGCAGCUUAAUAAGGAGCUCGCGAAUUAUUGUGUUAUUACAGAAGAACAGAAGUGCUUUGCUUGUCACAAGCUUUUGAAAAGCAGUCACGGUGGGAUCAUUUUAUGGUUCAGCACUCACGAUGGGAGGGUAUUGACCCACUAUAACUGCCGGAAAGUUAUGGAGGAUAAUUGA